GUCCAAACUCCAAAGUACCUGCCGUACAAUACAAUAAACUCGUACGAAAUUGCGAAUACAAGUCACAUUCAUUAGGCGGUACCUUCCUUUUUACAAGGCACGGGACUACAAAUAGCUGUUUCCUAGAUGAUACAGAAAAUGAACGUUAGUCCAACUUUAACAAUUAUUAAUGUUCCAGUAAAAAGUAUCAUAGGAAGUAUCACACAAGGUGUGAAUAUAACACAACAACAACCCCAAAAUAUUUAACUUAUUCCUCUAUUAACUACCAAAAAAACUAACAAAUAAUUUAUUUUAUCUACGGUUUUUUACAAGAUCCUUUUUACAUCCAGCACAAUCUCUAAUCAUCAGAAAACAUCGCCGAAAUGGCACCUGGACACCAGCGAAAACUAUCGUUGCCUGCAACACUUCUAAAGGAACUUGACGCCCAGCAGCCAUCUUCUUCUGUUCAAGGCGGAGGAAGAUCCAGAAGGCAACUUUCAAGAAGAGAGCAACGCAAGGCCCAGCGUGUCCAGAAAAAACUGUCUCGUCGCCCACAGCCGCGUCAAAACCAGGAAGCGCGCAAGCCUCACAAGUCGUCUCAAGCUAAUGGCUUUAAUGGUGACGAUGAUGAAAGUGAUGCUCUAGAGGAUGAUGGCGAGGAUGGCGAGGAAGGUGAUGCAGAUGAUCUGGAUAUGGAGGAUAGCUCCGAGGGAAGCGAUGGUGAGAGUGAUGGGGAUGAAGAACCAAGUCAACCCAAACCCUCAAAGGCCACAAAGAGCAAACUUGCUCAGGACGAUGCAGAAAUCAAAGAGUUAGAAAAGAAGUUAGGCUUGAGGGGCAGGAAGUCACUACCCAAGUCUUUCCAGGAUGAUGGUCUCGGCGAUUUACUGGAUGGCUUGGAUGAAGACGACGGCGGCAAUAUCGGACCUGCCUCGCAAAGUAGACGCAAGACGGAAGCGGAUGAGUGGUUGGCCCAGAAAAGAAAAAAGGCACAAGCAGCCGCCGAGAAAGCUGCAGCUAAUGAAAGUGCUGGUGACAGCGAUGAAGAUGGCGACGAUUUGGACGAUGAAAAUAUGUUGUCCGGUGACGGCAACUCAGAAAAAGACGACGAGGAUGCUUUCGAAGGCUUUUCAGACCAAGAAAAACCUGCACUUGCGCGACCGCCACGAGAAAAUCCCUACGUCGCUCCUACAACAGGAGUCGCAAAAUACGUGCCCCCAGCUUUCCGCAAGCAGUCGGGUUCAGGUGAUGAAGCAGAAGCACGAAUUCGAAGACGUGUCCAGGGUUUGAUGAAUCGCCUGACAACCGACAGUAUGUUUGGUUUGGUCAAGGAUUUUAUGGCUCUAUACGACACGAACCCAAGACAAACCGUGACGUCCGCUAUCGUGGAUUUGAUUCUAGCCUUGGUCUGCUCACCCGAAAAGCGCCCCGACUCUUUCUUCACGAUGGUCGCCGGUUUUCUUGCGGCAAUGCAUAAAUCCCAGGGAAUGGCCUUCAGUGCCUACUGCAUACAGCGACUAGUAGAAAUUUUCGACCAGCGUUAUAGAGGGACAACCGGAGAUAAGUCAGACCCCGGCUUGAGGCAUCUUAUUUCCUUACUUGCCGAGAUUUACAAUAUGCAAAUCGUCGGUCCUGGAUUGGUAUUUGACUACAUUCGCCUUCUCUUGCAUCAUCAUUCUGAGCUCAAUACCGAGCUGCUUUUACGAAUUAUCCAACUCUGCGGCCCGAGCCUCAGACGUGAUGAUCCCCAUGUGUUAGGGGAUAUCGUCAGUAUGGCCAGGCCAGACAACACAAUGUCAACCAGGACCAUCUUCAUGAUUGACGAAAUGAAGAGGCUACAUAGUAAUAAAUCAAAAGCCGCAAACCGUAAUAAAGACCUCGCAGAGCAGCGGGUUCAGAUCAGGAGGCGAAUCGGUGGUCUAGGCGGCACCCACGAUGCUCAACCUCUGCGCAUGGGUUUACAAGAGAUCCGGGACGCUGAUAAGCACGGAAAGUGGUGGCUCGUCGGGGCCAGUUGGUCUGGCAGCCAUAGUAAUACCGAUGGCCAAGGCGAUACCCCCGGGGAUGAAGAAGGUGAUGAUGCUGACGAGAUGAUGGUAGACGUUGGCGACGACCUUGGCAUUCCGGAUCUCUGGCAAUUGGCAAAACAACAGGGUUUCAAUACGGAAGUACGGCAACGAAUAUUCGUUGCUUUACAUGCGGCCACAGACUAUGAGAAUGCAGAGCUGCUCGUCCGUAAGCUGGGACUCAAUAAGCACCAGCGGAAAGAGAUACCCGAAGUGAUUGUUCGAAGCAGCGAGCGGCAGUCUCAGUACAACCCCUAUUAUGCCCUGGUCGCUACCCGAUUUACCGGGGACCGAGAGCUGGCAUUUCAGUUUAGACGAUGUCUCACAACGCGACUCAGAAAGAUGGGAGAGGAUAUUGAAUUUGGUGACGACGAUGAUCCUGACAUAGAGGACUGGGCCGAGUAUGACAUGCGAUGGAUAUACAACGCGGCUAAGACGUACGGAUCACUCGUGGCUAGUCGAGCCCUUCGACUAGCGGAUAUAGUGAAGCACCGCAACUUUGGGGCUCUCCAGGCGAACGCGCACCUGUUUUUCGAGGUGAUGUUCAUUUCGAUACUCCAGGAGUGCGGGCGCAGCAGCCUAAAGGAGGUUUUUAGCGGCCUAGAUGCAAAACACGCCCGAGGAGUACUGUGGUUUUUACGGAUGAAAGUGUGCACAACCGACCUCUUAAAGGACACGAAGGAAAAAGUAGCGAUUAAGAAGAGCUAUAAUGCGGUAGAGGAAUUGCUAAGUGUGCUCGCAUCGUCGUUCGCAUUGGGAGGAUUAUCAACUCUACGCUAAAGGGGGGAUAUAUUAGGAAGAGAUUAUCAACUCUUCGCAUGGAUUUCCUCGUUCAUCAAUGCAGAAAACUACCUAACCUAGCGUAACGUAUCUGGGCUAGACAUGU